AUGCUUUCAGACGCCGCUGUAGGUGACCGUGGUUAUUUGUAUCCUGAGUCUUCUUCCGAUGAUGAACUUUUGCCGCGAGCACUUCCCAUAGAUGAUUAUGGUGGAACAGAUCCACCAGAUGCAUCAAAAAUACUUCUAUGUCCGAAUGAGUACUUACGACACGUUCGGUUAGAGGCAUCGAAACUUCCGGAAACGCUUGUUUCUUCCCUACACACACUGGAUAAGGAUGAAGUGGAUAUGCCAGAAGCGGUCUCUUCGCGGAGUUCUUUCCAAGAUUUUUCCGAAGCGUGGAAACAUGCGCAGGCCCACAAGUUCCAGAAGUCACAAAAGGAAUUUAGUUAUCUGGUUAAACAGUUUCUCCCUUCCAAGUCUUUUCUCUCUGAUGCCGAUUCACUUAUUACCUCUCUCAGGUCGGAUAAUUGUAUUCAUUGGCUUGUGAAUCAUCCGCCCAUGCUUUCAUAUUUUGUUGAACUAUCUCAGGCUAAUGUUUCACUUUUGCUUGAAACCCUUCUUUCAGCUUGCCCCCGGGCGGGGUGGAACAGCGCCCUGCCAUGGGUUUACGGGGGCUUGCUUGGACUAGAACCGCCUCUCCUUCCUGGCACCUGCCACACCGUUCGGCGAAUCGGGAAGAAAUUUUGCAAAUACUUAAGGGAAAGUGAACAACAAAAAGGGGACGACUCGAGGGAUAGGCGCUUUUGCUUCAUAAUAAUCAGUGUUGUUGCUUUUGCAUUUGGUCAACGGGAUCUUCUUGAAGACAUUUAG